UUCCUUUUCAGAGUUGACUUUUUUCAUUGGUCUUUUCUCCUCUUUCCUGGCCAAUAGUUCAUCAUGGAAGCCAGCACAAAUGGGAUGGAAUAUUCAGGCAGAAAUCAGAAAACCUUCAAAACAAAUGCUGCUCCACAAAUCUUUAUUGCUGCUCUUGCCUUCUGUUACUUCUCUAAAUCCCUGACGGGAUCCUACACCAAAAGCACCAUCACUCAGAUUGAGAGGCGGUUUGAGAUCUCGAGUUCCACCGUUGGCAUCAUUGACGGCAGCUUUGAAAUGGGUAAUAUGCUGGUCAUUACCCUGGUAAGCUAUGUUGGUGCUAAGUUUCACAGACCGAAGAUCAUUGGAGCAGGGGUUCUGCUGAUGGGUAUAGGAACACUGUUAAUGGCUUCACCUCAUUUCAUUAUGGACCGGUACAAGUAUGAUACAGCUGCCACCCACACUAAUGAUGCUGGUAAUUUCACUGUGAUCUCUACAUGCUCAUCCGACUCUCAGGAAACUCUUCAACAGCCUUUCUCUGGAUGCCAAACAGAGGAAGCUGAAAGCUCACCCUUGUGGGUGAUCGUGCUUUUGGGAAACACUCUGCGUGGGAUUGGGGAAGCCAGCAUUGUCCCUCUGGGAAUGUCAUUCAUAGAUGAUUAUGCACGGCCAGAAAACUCUGCUUUUUACAUUGGUUGUCUAAACACAAUUGGAGUGAUUGGGCCAAUUUUUGGGUUUUCACUUGGAUCUCUAUGUGCUAAUCUUUAUGUGGAUAUUGGCAUAGUGAAUCAAGGAAGCGUGACAAUCACACCACAUGAUUCUCGUUGGGUUGGGGCUUGGUGGUUGGGUUAUGUGGUGUCUGGCCUAUUGACUCUUCUUGCUGCUUUUCCUUUUGGGUUCCUGCCAAGAGCUCUGCCUGAAAAUUCCCAAAUCUCUGAGCUAGGCCACCCCUCAAAACAGCACAAAAAUCGACCCAGUUUAAGGGCGAUAGCCAAUGAUUUUGCACCAUCUUUUAAGCGUCUGCUUGCCAAUAAGAUCUACAUUCUGUACCUUGCUUACAGUAUAGUGGCAUUCAAUGACUUUGCCAUAGGCAUAACAUACACGCCAAAAUAUCUGGAACAGCAGUUUGGACAAAGUGCAUCCAAAACCAACUUUCUCAUAGGAGUGACAUCGAUUCCAACAUUUGCUCUGGGUAUUUUCCUGAGUGGGUUGAUGAUGAAGAGAUUUAAAUGGGACCUGCUGGCAUCUGCAAGAGUGAACUUGUACACUGGUGUCAUUACAUUGUUUUUGACCAUAAUUUUCCUCGCUCUCACCUGUAAGAAUCUAGAUGUCGCUGGGGUUACUUUGCCUUAUCAAAGAUCUACAGAAGUUCAGGAUAUUAUAAGUGAUUUACUUCCUUCUUGCAAUGCUGACUGUGGAUGUCCAGACCUCCAGUGGGAUCCAGUAUGUGGAGAGAAUGGAGUGACCUACAUCUCACCUUGCCAUGCAGGCUGCAAUUCCACCCAGGGUGCAGGACGGAAUAUGACAUUCCAUGACUGCGGCUGUAUUCAGAGCUGGGGACUGAGCAUUGGCAACUCCUCUGCAGUUCUUGGACAGUGUUCACGAGAUCCGAACUGCAACAGAAUGUUCUACAUUUAUCUGGGAUUGCAAUCUUUGGCCUUCUUUGUGUACAGUCUUGGCACUGUUCCCUUUCUCACCAUGUCUAUGAGGAUCGUGGAUCCUGAGCUGAAGUCUCUCUCUGUGGGAAUGUUACUGUUAGCUGUAAAAGUUUUGGGAGGUAUUCCUGCUCCCAUUUACUUUGGUGGUCUUAUUGACUCUACCUGUCUAAAAUGGGCGCUGAAGAAAUCCUGUGGAAGAGGUGCCUGCAGAAUUUAUGACAUUGAGACGUUCAGGUUCCUCUUUCAGGGGCUAACCAUGUGUCUUCGAGUAUUAGCCUGUUCCCUGCUCUGGAUAGCCACCAUAGAAAUAAAGAGAAAAAUUCAGAACAGUAAACAAAUGUCCAAAGACAUACAAUUGCAACAGCCUAUGCUGUAAAAUCCAAACCACCAGGAGAUUAAAAAAUGUUCUGUGGUGUUUAAUUUUUUAAACUGCAGGUGUUAUAUGUCAGGCAAUCGCUGGAUCCAUCAGAUUCACCUGACACCACUAGCACUCCUGUGUCCAGUCCUAAGUGUGUCUUGACAUUAUGUAUGUGUGUUUUGUUAUUAUAUGCAUUAUCAUCAGUGUUAAUUGUAUUUGUAUAAACAAAGUUCUGAUUAAAACUUGACUGAUCAAA